AUGCCUGGUACUGUUACCAAACAUCCAGGAGCUCACGCCACGAGUAACGGAACGACAGUGAGGAGGACAUUUAUCACCUCGGCAGAGGACCUGUUGCCUGGCUCUCUGUCCACUAACAAUGAGCGACAGGGCAUGCAUGAAACUAUCAUUUCGAUGACAGAGCUGGGAUCUAAUGGUGUAUCACAACAUGGUGCUGAUGGGCGACAAGACCACACUCCCAUUAACAAUGUACGACGGUCCCGUCCCCUAAGUGCAGGGGCCAGACCCCCAGGACCACCUACCCCUAAACCUAACACCCAGCCAAUCCCAGGGACAGUCUCCAAUGCAUGGACCGCUGAUGGUCAAAGGUCAAAGGGUGUUGACCAGUCAUCAUUGUCUGUGGAAGAUAGAUUAAAGUCACUGAUAGGGUCACCAUCGUCCAAUUCUACACGAGAUCUUCACCAUACAGCCCCAUCUCUCCUGCGACAGCAUCGUCGAGUGGCCCCCAUCUCCCUCCACCGUGCAUCCAAGUCAUUUGAUGAUGGAGAAUUACUCUUGCCCCCACCCCCACAACCCAAGAGUAAGAUGGGUGUGACAGUACAGGGGGGUGGUGGAUAUGGCCGUUACCCUGGGGAAGGUCAUUACAACAACUCUUAUGUCCCUUCCCAGCCUGAUGAGCGAUGGCAGGGAUCCCGUUCUGAGGCUAUCCUAGAUCGGCAGCAAAUAGGACAGAACCCAGACCAGGGUGAGGGGGUCAGGUACUGGCCCCACCCUGGGGCUAAUACUAACCCUGCUUUCUCUGAGCUACCCAACACCACAGAUAAAUCUCCAGGACCUAACAGGAAUCCAGCUGGAGGAUCUGAACUGAGAGACGCCUGGAACAAACUGUAUGGUCGUUCAGGACGACCUGAAGUCCCUGGGAUGUCUCGCCCAGUCAACAAUAGUCCAGCCAAAAUGCACCAGUACCCAAACCUACAGCAAGUCAUACUACCUGCUGCUCCAUCCCCACACGUUAGUAGUGAUCUACCUGGACGGUACAGUGCACCUGCCAUCACAAGUUCAAGGACAAGUCCUAUGGGUCAGAGUUCAAGUACCCAAGGCCAGGGAUCAAAUUCUAGUCAUUCAGGAUUGGAAGUGGACACAGGUGUGUCAACAUUUCAAACCUUUGGAAAAUCGUCUGACCAAAGUGAUAAUCAAACUUCUCCUUCUCAGAGUACCUCACCGUCAGGACUAACAAUAGGGCCAGCUUCAAAAUAUCCUGACAACGGUGGAAAUAAACCUAUUGUUCGGCACAAGCCAGGGGUGCCACCAAAACCAUUCAGUCGUGAUGACCUCAGGGACAGUAGCACCAAGUCACCUGCAAGUUUCAGUGCUGAUUUCAGAGAGGAUAUUGCACCUGUGGGACUGAAGUCCAAGACCACAGGAAGGUCCAUCACUCCAUUCUCAAUGUCAGAUCCAUUUGUAAAUGAUGGUAACUAUAAUCGGACAUUCACUAACGGUGAUUUUACCACCAGUACACUGGGCAGCGAAGGUACAGGAGAGGUUCAAGCCAGUAUAUUUGACUAUGUUACCCCAAGUGAGGCCUCAUCCAGGUCUGUAACCCCUCCUCUUCCUCCUUUGUCUAACUCAGAGUCAGAGUCAGAACUCUCCAGUCCCAAUGUGACACCACGGCCACCACGCUCAGCUAGUGCUGACAUAUUCUCAACUCAAAAGACUCCUGAUCUCCUUAGUAACACAAGGCAAAACAACGACCCCAGGUCACGAAGGGGACCAGCCUCACAUUUAAACUAUCGUUCAGAUAAAAAACAUCCCCGUGGCCAAAGACUUGGAAAACCUCCUAGUGGACGAGUGCUCAUCAAUGGUCGUAUGGAGGGUGGUUUCCCAAAUGAUUUACGAGAAUCUGCUGGUGAUGAGAGUGAUCUGCCUUUUGAUAUAGAGGACACUAUUUUAACAGUAGAAUCUCAUGACACUGAGCCAGUAAGGCCCCGUGAUCUGCCACAGCACCCUGGAGAUAUUGACAAAAUGAAAAACAAAAUGGACAAUUUGGAGGGCAUGUAUCAGGAUAUUAUGAAAGUGUUGGGAGUUGACAAAGAGACUGUAACUACAGUCAUGAACCGUGUACCAAGACGACGGUGGAGCAUUGGUAGCUCAGACACCAGUUCUUUACGGAGACCUGUGAAAAAAGGCCGUGGCUCAAGUACUACAACAAAUAUGGGUGGGCAUCAUCGCCAUCAUCACUACAGUCACAGGGACAUCAAAGCAAUAAAUCGAAGAUUCCAAAGACUUGAAUCUCAUGUGGUAACACUUGCUAGGAGUGUGGCCCAUCUUUCAUCCGAGCUGCGUUCCCACAGUUCAAUGUCACAUGAGCUUGAGGCAUUACGCAAGGAGUUACGAGAAGUGCGGGAAAUCAGACAGUCUGCAGCACAGCGUACACCAAUGUUACAUGAAUUGGAUGACCUAGACAGGUUCAGGGGAUGGGUGCCAUCACUUACAAAUCCAAAGCGGGUCAACAAAUUAACAAAAUUUUUCGGCCAGGAACCACCUCUUCUUCAGCUGUUUCUGAAGAAAUUAGGAUACGAGAAAUAUUCUGGCAACUUUGAGAAUGAACACAUUGGCAUGAUAGAGCUGCCUUACAUGACGGAAGAUCGACUCGAGAGGAUCGGUGUACCUAUGGGGCCUCGCCUUCGCAUCCUUCAGGAGGCACAGAUGUGCUUCCGACAAGAGAACUUCAACAUCUACAUCGUAUGA